GAGUUACUCCAGCAUUCUGUGCCUAUCGUCUGCAGUUCUUGGUUUCUACAUAUACUGCUGGAAACAUUACCAAUUUGAUUAUCUCUCAGAUAGAUCUUGCGGUGAUUUUAAGAAUUCCUCCCUGUCGCCAAGAUCCAUGUCAGGUUUUGCUGCUGCUGCUGCUGCUGCUGCUGGCUGAUCAUUGAGCUGGGUGUGAGCGAUCCUGUUUCAGGGAGGGUUUGAGGUGUAGCUGUACAUUUAUCCAGCUUGCAGCCAAGUUGUUUUGUGCGGCGACUUCCUCCUGCCACCUGACCAAAGGUAUCGCAGACGGUGUAUGAGAGGAUUGAUCAGCAUUAAGGGCACCUUCUGUCCAUUUGUUCCAUUUGAACUCAGUGGAACUGACCGUCCAGAAACCUGUGAAUACCCACGAAGAAAUCUACCAAAGUUGUCACUGAAGUUGCUUUCAUCUGAAGCAAAUCCUCGUUAUUCUUGGAUACAGACAAGUCAUCUUCAAUCUUCAAAGCAGAAGACUGAACGUAAUAAAUGAACGUGAAUCUCUUUGGGUUGGGGGGAGGUGGGGGGGAUAUAUAUUGCUGGAAUUUGUGACCCAAUUGUGAUCUUUGAACGGCUGAAUUGGUUUGAGCAUUCUCUGUGAAUCCAGUAACGUUGGAAGGAGUGGUGCACUGGAUUGUGUUUCCUGCAACAUCGUCACACCCAGCCUUUGCCCCCGCGAGAUGCAAUAACGGAAUGAAGGACGCGAUGGCUAAUAAUCUGGACCUCAGUUUUCUGACUGACGCCGAGUAUCAGGCGGUGCUGAAGGUCAUUCAGAGGGAUUUGGAUCUCAAGCACAAGGACGGUGAACGGAUUAGGACUGUACAGAAAUCCAUUCAAGAUGAGAAGCAAAGGAAGCUGGUCACCGGACAGUGGUUUGACGAGGUUAAAGCAAAACGAUACAGGAAUGCUGUCAUUGGAGUGGAUCUGAUCAAGGCCUCGAUGAGAAGGGGGAAAGCUGUAACACAUGAGACUACUGUAAAGACUGAACUACAGCAAGUUCAUCAAGCUCCAUCGAGUCGAAUAUUGUCUCAGGGGUCAAAAUACCGAAGUACAAGCGUUUCAACUGAGGAAACAACUGAAGAAUCUCCAGGGGAGGGAGAAAAAAUCACAGCAAAACAACAAAUUAAACCAUGGUCAACAUUCCACCAAGAAGCUCAGAGCACGUCACAAAGCAAUACUUCGGAAAGCAGCAGCGAUGAUUCAAGUACUAUACAAGUUACCCCCGAAACACUCAAAAAGGGCCAGCAAAGAGAUUUCGCAGAACCUAAUGUCUCCGCUACGAUAUCUGAGCCUAUUUCUGAAAGGCAGAGGCAAAACAAGACUAUAAGUGUUCAGCAUCCACAAAUCUACCGGUCACGCAGCAGUUCGGACAUCUCCACCCAAUUACCGAUAAAAUCCACUUCCAAUGUUUCUCGAAUACCAAGGAGAAUCAAUUCUGUGGGUACUUCAGAAGAGUUGUGCAGAACUGGGGAACCAGCAUCUCCAAAUGGCAAUACCUUAGAGCAGGCCCACUUAAGUGGUCAUGACGGGACUCCUACAGAUUCCAGGCCAGCCAAACCAGUCAGAGUUCACACCCAGCCUGGCGUGACCCAAGCCAACCUGCGUACUAAUGAGAGCAGGGGCCCGGCCUCCGCUUCAGUAGGUAGCAACACCCGGAUUCCCAGAGCGCAGAACCAUUUAGAGUUCACAGAAGAAGCGCGGAAGGUUCCAGAAGAAUCGGAACACAGUGACCUGAACGGGCUAGGACAUUUUGCCGCCACCACUGUACCGUCUCCAGUGCUGGAGAAUGUCCUGGACAAUCAGAAACCAAAGAAGCCUGUGGCGGUCCGUUAUAAAGGCGCACCAACCUACCAGAUCUCAGCAACUGCUGACAAAAAGAAAAUGGGUUCCUCGAAUGCUACCCACAUUCCAAAACGGAAAAACCGAUGGAAGGAAAGUGAAAAUGUAUCUGCUGAGAAACUGGAAGAUCUUGCUCCUGAGCCAGUUGGUUUGCAACGACUCCCUGAAGCCAUUGCUAGCGAAGACCUCCAGCCACUUGAAAGACUGGAUCUAUCACCAACAUCGCGGAUUCCAAGACUUAAAAAUACUUCAGAAACAGCAGGUGAAAAUUCAAAAGCAUCUAGUGAAGAACUGAAGCAAUCAAGUAAAGAGUUCCCAGGUAAGAACAGACCUGAUAGAAUAACUGACCAAGGAAAGGCUGCCUUCCAACCUGCUACCAGAAUAGCUAAAUAUCAGUCAACGUCCUCAGAUGACGAGGGAGAGAAAGGUCUUAGUCCAGGUACCAUGUUCACCAUAAGUGCCUUAAGCAAUAAGCAUCCUGAAGAGGAAGCACUCACUGAUCCCAGCCAUUUUAAAAACCUGAAGCAUUUUUGGGAAAAAGGAGUUGACUCCAGUAACGGAAACAAUGAUACUUCCAAAAUUCCGUUCAGAAAGGUUAGAUCACCAGAUCACAGGAGCAGCCCGACCAAAAUGAAACUCUCCACAGAGGUUGAAUCAGAGUCCGAUGUGCCUAGCAGGGAAAGUCCCCCAACUGGCAUCCCUUCUAAGUUGGAGCGAGGGGGAAACCUGUCAGGUCCUUCUACCUCUGAGGAAGAUGAAACAAUUGUGCCGUUGGCUAGGACCAGCAAGUUGGCUCCAAUUCCCACUCCGAGAAUCAGUACAGCGAUCAAACUGAAGAAGAAUGAUGCCUCGGGGACUAACUGGGAUAAAGACCCAGAAGCAAAUGUGCCCGUGGUUGCUAAAGCAUCCGAAACAAUUGUCCAAAGAACUCACAGCAGUGAUGAUCAGUCAAAAGAUUCCGUUGUCCUGGAAUCCACAGGACAGGCAAGACCCACAGCCACAAGGUUGUCCAGCAACUCCAGUUUGGACGAAUCUUUGCCCAUCGCGAAAAAUAAUCAAAGCGCUUCUCUUGAUGUGAUGGAGAAACCCGUGGAAGAGGAGUUUCUCCCAGUGAAAGAGAACGCAAGAAAGGAGAUGCACGAAAAGCUAAUGAAGUUGGCAGCUGAGGCAGCCUUGUGUGACCCAGCACCCAUGAUGCUGCCCACUGCGAUACAUGCCGAUGUGGACAUUUGCAAGGAGAGCCCGGGACCUUCUGACAGUAGUCACAAGCACGAGAUCAGGACCUCCUUGGAAGGUGGCACAAUAAACCUCCAAGAAGAAUGCCCUGCUUCUCCAAAGGAAAAAGUCGAGGAAGCCACAACAAACGUUGUGUCCAGCACGCCCAUGUUAGAACCAGACACGGUCCCGGUAGGGGAUGAAUGGGUCAGCAGUUCUCCAACAAGCCAGGUGGAAGACCUGGUGAAUCGCUCAGCAGAUAUAGAGAUAACUGAAUGUGAGGCUGUCAGGAACUUUGAUAAGCGCAUGAUGCCGGGACUUGUAAAUGAAGAAUCAACAACACACUGUAAGAAAGCGCGUUCUGGAGAUGUGGAAGUGCAAGCAUUGCCUACGGAAGAACUCCAAUGCCCAGCCAAUUUUCUCCCCAUUGUGAAUAAGAAGCCUCUCGGCCUCAGUGAUACACACAACGAUGAUGACCCAGCAUUCAACGCAGCAAACAGAAAUCAGGAGAAGGACUCUUCAAAUGUCGUUCAUUGUGUGGAUGAUUCGGAGAGUAACAAUGAUUUUCAGACGAUAGAAUCAGGUUUGAUUUUUCAUAUUUAGUUGCCUAUUUCUCCUCAAAGGUUUAAUAUAAAAAAAUCCUGCUGCAUAAUUGCUACUAAUUAACACACUAUGAAAUUUAACAUAAUGCUCUAAAAUUCGUGUAUGCAUUCUCAAACAAAAAGUGUGCUUUGUUGCCAUUUGCAAACCAAUACUAAUUGUUUUUCCUGCUUGCUUGUCCAUAUCAGCUCUGAAUUGUAAAAAAAAGUUCAUAUUUAAUUAU